AUGAAGGGCAUCAUCAACUUGGCCGGCUUCAUAGCCGCAGCAAACUGUCAAACUGUCACUUUAGGGCCGAUAUCGAACUAUGAGCAGCCUCCUGCCGCCACGGUCACCGCCUCGGGAGACCACCUGGAGAUCUUCCCCGAAGACUUCAGCAACGGCAUCCCCCCUGAAGGCAUCAACGUCGCCUUCGGUCCGGAUCUCCAAGCAGCCAUAACGUCCACGCUCGACGGUGUCUGCGCCAAUGGCUUCUCGCAAGAAUGCUCCGACGAACUGUCCAAAGUCCUCGACACGCAACACACAUACACCGUCGCCAGCCGAGUCGUCGGCAUCGACGACCUCCUCCUUGUAGCCGGAGUCGCAGCCCUAGGUGUCCUCAUCCAAGCCAUCAUUCUCGAGCACCGCAAAUCCGACCAAGGCGGCCAACCCAUCUCAGCCAUCAACAUCCCCGCCACAGACAUCGCACAGGUCCAGUCACAAACCGCCAGCUCCGUCGUCAUCGCCACCGACACCAGCACCGUGACCAUCACGCCCGCACCCUCGGCGAGCAUCUCCGCAGCGACCAUCACCACCCUGACCGCCGACGCAAACGGCCAUCAGAGCGGCGACAUCGUCAUCGCCCUCCCCACCGCCGCGGCGCAGAUUAUGAACGAGCUGAUUUACAAAUCCGACGUCUCGAACGAAUGUAUCAACAUCCAGCUUCGGAAACGUCAAGCCAGCGGUGGAGGGGACUUUGCGGCUGUCAACGACGUCGCGGAUUUCAUCAUGCCGUUCGUGCCGCCCGAUCAGCUCCUGAACGCUUUGGGUGUCGAAGUCGGUCAGCAUCUCCCCCGUGUCGUCGACACAGCGCAACAGGCUUCUCUCGCCGCUGCACAGGCUUUCGCAGCGGGUUUGCCUGAAUUUGCGGGUCUGGCGACAGAAUUCACGGAUGUGCUGGCCGAGGUAGCAUGGUUGGGGGUGCUGAGUUGGUGUGCGGAUCAGGUGAACGAUUUGUCUGAACUUGUGUUGAAGAAUGGGGACUAUGAGGCGGGAGAUGACGGUGGUGGUGAUGAUGACAAUGGGGAAUGUCCGGCUGAUGCUCCCACUGGGAAAGAUGCGCCGCUUUGUAAGGACUCGAGUUGUGAGAGUAAGGAGGGGACUUGUUCGACGGGCGAGUAUAAGGGAUGCAAGUGCCUCACUCAAGUGACACCGCACUGGACGGGCGGCGAUCAAGAACUCUGGAGUGGCUUCCAAUUCGUGCUCCAGGGACUCCUCUCCGACCAAGGCUGGGGCUGCGACCAGGAAAACCGCAUCACGCUGGACACGAAAGAUUUCGACGGCCUCGUCGAAGCCUUCUGCAGAGACGUCGACCUAACUACGUCCAUCGAAAAAACAAUCUCCCCCUCCGACGCCGGCUUCUCCGGCUACGAAGACUACAUCUUCAAGUUCUCCUGGACGAAAAAGGACGACGAGACCUGCGUCACCUCCUGCACCGACAUCUACCAAGCCUUCACCUCCAACAACAUCUGCAGCUACGACAGCCACACAAAAGUAACCAACGGCUAUCAAGACUUCACCUGCGGAACCGCCGUCUUCAACAUCACCGAGAAAGGCGACGACGAGACAGGGAGCGGUGAUGGAGAUGGAGUCUACACCAACCAAGGCAACCUCUACUGCGGCACGGAAACCGACCAAGGCAACCCCAACCACUUCACCACGCGGGAGACGAUGGGCAAAGCCGCCGAAUGGUUCUGCGAAACCCUCACCGUCGCCGGCCUGCGCUGGACGCCCGGCGAAGUCGCCGAAGCGGACGCCUUCGUCGACUACCACUACAACUCGUACACAGGCGACCCGAUGUACCUCACCGCGAAAUGGAUCGACAACUCCGGCUGUCCCGUCACAGAUUUCAGCGGCUCCAACGCCGAGAGCAUGAACAGCACGUGCCGCUCGUACUUCGGCACCAUCACGGACGAGUGCGACACGGCGCAGAACGGGAAGCACUGGUGUAAGCAGGGCGGGACGUUUUUCCGGGACUGCGUCGAGUGGGGCGUUAAGCGGGAUACGUUCCAGGGGGACUGGGUGCCGGCGGAGGAUGCUGGGGAUGAUUGGAGGCCCGGGUGGACGCUUUGUGGGGGCGAUGGGGAUUGUGGGGAUUAUGCGGAUGGGGAGUGCGGUGCGUUGGGGUAUGGGGCUUAUUGUGUGUUGGGAGGGGAUAGUUAUUGUGCUUGUCGGUUGAAUUAG